ACCUGACUGAGCUCAGUGAAGCACUGCACAGCUACCCACUCCCCUACGGAGAGUCAUGGCUACGGAGAAUCCUGUAGAAAGCCUUCUGGAGGAAGCUACUUGUCCUAUCUGUCUGGAGUAUUUUAAAGCCCCAGUGAUUCUAGACUGUGGGCACAAUUUCUGUCGGCUCUGUGUCACCCAGUGCUGGCAGGGAUCCAAUGCAAACUUCUCCUGCCCUCAGUGCAGAGAAAUCCUUCAACACAGAAACUUCAGGUCCAACAGGCAGCUGGCAAAUGUUGUAGAACUUGCCAAGCAGCUGAGAUUACAGGUAGCGACAGGAGCCGAAGGGGAGAGAGUGUGUGAGACACAUGGGGAGGCCCUGAAACUGUUCUGUGAGGAGGAUCAGACCCCCAUCUGCCUGGUGUGUGACAGAUCCACGGAGCACAGAGCUCACGCUGUGGUUCCCGUAGAGGAGGCUGCCCAGGAGUACAAGAAAAAAAUUCAGACCCAUUUGAUGUCUCUGAGGAAAGAGAGAGAAAAACUACAGGAAAUUCAAAUGAUGGAUACACAGAGAAGCUGGGAACAUCUGAAACAGACAGAAGCUGAGAGGCAGAAGAUUAUGUCUGAGUUUGAGCAGCUGCAUCAGUUCCUGAGAGAACAAGAGCGACUCCUGCUGGCCCGACUGGCGGGGCUGGACCAGGAGAUUGUGAAACUGCAGGAUGAAAAUGUCACCAAACUCUCCAAGGAGAUUUCCCGUCUCAGUGAGCAGAUCAGUGAGCUGGAGGGGAAGUGCCGGCAGCCAGCCAGUGAGUUCCUGCAGGACAUCAGGAGCACCAUGAGCAGGUCUGAGGAGGGGAAGUUCAAGCAGCUGCUGGAGGCUUCUUCUGAGCUGGAAAGGAGCCUCAGCCAUUUCUGUCAGAAAAACAUUGCUGUAAAGUUGACUAUGAACAAACUGAAAGAAUUUCUGCCAUUGGAACUGAAGACAGAAAAGGGGAAAUCCAUGGGAUCAGAUGGGAAGGUGAGUGUGACUCUGGAUCCAGACACAGCUCAUCCCCGGCUUCUCCUGUCUGUGGAUCGGAAAAUUUUGACCUGGGACGUCAUACGGCUGAACUGCCCUGAACAUCCCCAGAGAUUUGAUUUGUCUCCUUGUGUGCUGGGCUGUGAGGGAUUCACCUCAGGGAGACAUUGCUGGGAGGUGGAGGUUGGGGAUGGGACAGCCUGGGCUGUGGGGGUGGCCACAGAGUCUGUGAAGAGAAAGGAGGAGCUCAGUGCUGCCCCUGAGGGGGGGAUCUGGGCUGUGCAGAGGUGGGGGUUCCAGUUCCAGGCUCUCACCUCACCUCCAACCCCCCUGUCUCUGAGCUGCGUCCCUAGAAGGAUCCAGGUGUCUCUGGAUUGUGAACAGGGGCAGGUGGCAUUUUUCAAUGCUAAUAGCGAGGACCCGAUAUUCACUUUCCCAUCAACCUCAUUCACAGGGGAGAGACUCCGCCCUUUCUUCUGGGUCUGGGGUGUAGGUUCCCAGCUCACUCUCUAUUCCUGAGGCACCUGGCUCCCAGUCUCAUGAAAUGAGCUGCUCCAGCCUCUGAUAUCCUAGUCUCUUUGGCCCCAUGUUCCUGCAGAGACGUUUAAAUGCAAAGUGAACAGACCAGAGAAGCUGCUGUCUCUGCCCCAUUGUGUGUCUCCCGCUUGUCUCUGUCUCUCCCUCUGAGGGACCAUGACAGCCCUGCAAGUACUGGAAAAUGGGGGUUCACAGCUUGCCUGUCUCUGAAGGGGGCAGGGGAGUUUCCAGGAGCCCCAGGACUUGUAUGACUGUGGUCCCACAAAAGAGAAUAUGCAUGUCAUGUGAAGGGAACCUGGUCAUGGCUGUAAUGCAUUCCUCAAACUGUGACCUGCAGAGAGCUGUCUGGCUCCUCCCCCUUGUUUUCAGCUCCUGUGUUGCAUUCAAAUAGCCUUAGGAUUCCUUUCCCAGGUGAGCGAUUCCUGUGAUUGUCCCAGGGAUGUUGAGGAGAGGGGAGGUGGGUCCUGCAGAGAGAUGAUCUGUGGGCCCUGCAGAGAGAAGAUGGUCUGUAAGUCACUAUAUCUACUAGGAUGGGUGUACACUGUGUUUAGCCUCACAACACUUCUGUGAGGUGGGGAAGUGCUGUUACCCCAUUUCAGAGAGAGGAACGUCCAGCACAGCACAUAAAUGACUUGCCUGAAGUCAACUAGGAAGACUGUCACAGAGCAGGGAAUUGAACCUAGGUCUUCCAAAUGAACGGCUAAACCACCAGAUUAGCUGCCUUCUCUGCAUUAGGAGCCUGGGAAAGGAGGAUAAAGAUAAAGCUACACGCAGGAAUAAUACAUCAGUAAAGUUUGUCUAAUGAUUCUCUCACUGACCCUCCUCACAAUCAGUGGGCCAGCCCUGUGCAGAGUCAGGUGAUCACAGUGGACAGGAACUGAGUAUGUGAUGGGAAUGAAAAUAGAUUAUUUUUUCAGGCCUGCUCUGAAAUUCUCAGGCUGCCUCUGAAUGCCCAGCUCAGCUCUGUGUUCAGCUUUCAGGCCCCACUGCCUUCCCCUCUCCUGGUCUCUUUGUGUUCCCUAGAUAAACUUCUCCACCUAGGCCCUGCUGUUUCUAAACAGAUUCCUGUGGAGGAAGAGAUGAGAAACAGACACACACAUCUCUCCAUCACUCACAAGCUCUACAACUCCCUGCUGCUUCUCUGGUGGGGAUCUAGGUGCUGUAAAUACACAUCAUGAGAGACAGCUCCUAAGGGAAAGAGCUUACAGUCUAAAUAUUAAAAGUAAUAGUCAUAAUAAUAAUGAUGAUUUUGAAGAUGUCAGGAGCAACUCCAUGUCUGAGGCCUUCCACUUAAAGCAGCUAUUCAACUUCCAUUCAGUGAGAAAAGUGCAGAUUUUCUCCCCAAAAAUUACAGCACGUACCCUGAGAGUACAGAACACAUCACCUGAGAACUUACAAAUCAAUCUGUUAAUGCCUUUAGGAAUUAACGUUAAAAAUGGGUCUGUUCAGAUAUUUAGCACUGACUGUCAGACCUUGCCGUAUAGUGAUACCAUUCCUAGCUUCAUACAGUCAUAAUUAAUUACAUAAGUUUUACCGGCAUCAGUGCUCGUGUGCAUAGCGCUUUGUCAGCGGGAGAUGCUGUCCCACCAACAUAGCUACUGCUGCUCAGUGAGCUGGUUUUAUUAUGUUGACGGGCGAGUUCUCUUCCCUUGGCAUAACAUGGCUACAUGAGCACUCUUAUGGUACAGCUGUAUAGGUGCAGCUGCGCUGCUGUAAGCAUCUGUGGUGAGUAAUGAAGGCUGGGGGAGGCUAAGCCUCCCCAAACUUUGA